CGCGUGCGCGGCGGGGCGGGGCGGUCGCGGUGGGCGGCCCCGCGGCGAUCCGGGAUGUCGGGCUGGCUCCUGGUGACGUAGCGCGCCGCGGGAAGGGCCGCGCGAGACCCCCGGCAGCCGCCGCCCGGGCCGGCCCCCUCCCCCUCUCCGUACCCUCCCUCGCCCCCGCCAUGGGCAGCGCCGCGGCGGCGGGAGCGGGCAGGGUGCCGCGCAGCGCCGGGGCCGCCGCUGGGCAUGUGCCAGGCCCGGCCGCCGCGUGAGCGCCACCGCCGGCACCGGCAGCAUUGUCCGCGCCCGCCCCGGGCGAAGCCCAGGGCGGCGGGUGCCAUGAAUAGCAGCUGCGCGUCCCCCGCCGCCGCCCGCCGCCGCCUGCAGCGCCGGGAUCGAUAGAGGCGGGGGCUGCGGACGCACUAUGGCCGGCAGCGGCUACACGGACCUGCGGGAGAAGCUCAAGUCCAUGAUGCCCUACCGGGACGGCCACAAAGGCGGCGGCGGCGGCAGCCUCCCGCGGGAGCCCCCCGAGCCCCCCUACGAUCGCAAGCGCCGGCACCAGGAGGACUCCGGUUCCGAGCCCAGCGACUACGAGGAGCAGAAGGAGGAGGAGGAAGCUCGGAAAGUCAAAAGCGGCAUCCGCCAGCUUCGCCUCUUCAGUGCCGAGGAGUGCGCCAAGAUCGAAGCUCGGAUCGAGGACGUGGUGUCCCGGGCGGAGAAGGGGCUCUACAAGGAGCACACGGUGGACCGGGCACCUCUGCGGAACAAGUAUUUUUUCGGGGAGGGCUACACCUACGGGUCCCAGCUGCAGAGACGAGGCCCCGGCCAGGAGCGCCUGUACCCACGGGGAGAGGUGGACGCCAUCCCCGAGUGGGUGCACGACCUGGUGAUCAGGAAGCUGGUGGAGCACCGGGUGAUUCCCGAGGGCUUUGUGAACAGUGCCGUCAUCAACGACUACCAGCCGGGAGGCUGCAUUGUCUCCCACGUGGACCCCAUCCAUAUCUUUGAGAGGCCCAUCGUCUCCGUCUCCUUCUUCAGCGACUCGGCGCUCUGCUUCGGGUGUAAAUUCCAGUUCAAACCCAUAAGGGUCUCGGAGCCCGUUCUCUUCUUGCCGGUGAAGAGGGGAAGCGUCACGGUGCUCAGUGGAUAUGCAGCCGAUGAAAUUACACACUGUAUUCGACCACAGGACAUAAAGGAGAGAAGAGCUGUCAUCAUCCUUCGAAAAACAAGACUAGAUGCACCUCGAUUGGAAACAAAAUCCCUGAGUAGCUCUGUGUUGCCACCAGGUUAUAACUCUGACCGUCUAUCAGGAAGCAACCGGGACCAGAUCCUGAAACCAAAGCGGUCCCAUCGCAAAGCAGACCCUGAUGCUGCUCACAGGCCACGGAUUCUGGAAAUGGAUAAAGAGGAGAACAGGCGCUCAGUCCUCUUACCAAAACAUAGGAGACGGAGCAACUUCAGCUCCGAGAACUAUUGGCGAAGGUCUUAUGAGUACACAGAGGACUGUGACGAGGAAGAGGAGGAUGGCAGCCCAGCCAGGAAAGUUAAAAUGAGGCGACACUGAGGAUUGCACUUUCCAGGAUCGUGGAGCUGAUGAGAUUGGCCUCCAGUCUGUGAAGACUUUCUCCUCCCUCUGGCUAUCUUCCAUCUAGCUUCAGUUUUGGUUUUUCCUUUCAGGCUGAAGAGUAAACAGGAAGGAUCUAGCGAUUUGUUUUUAUGAAUGGAGGAAUGCUGAGACAUAUGUAAGGAUGGAACAUGUCCAGUGCACAUGGUGUCCUGAGUCAUGGGUCAAACGGGCAUCUCUCCCUUAGGAAGCAGAUAAAGUUAUGCCAGGCUGUCUGUUGGGAUUUCUUUUAAGAACACCAAAAAGUUUAACUGUUUCAUUGCGCAAGGUUCAAGAAUUGUAUUUUUGUUUUUUUUGCUUUAACUUUCUUCCUUUCCAAAUGUUCUAAAUAUGAUGUUUGACCCCAGGAGCUGAAACUUUGUGGUGGCCUCAUAUUCCUUGUUUCACCAAAGGGCUCCUUGGUCUGUUCUUACCUAGUUGUUGUUGGGUUUGUUUUAAGGGUGCCCUGCAGUAACUGGAAGUCUAAAGCUUUGCAGACCCCUCUUACUGCGAUUGAUUUCAAAUGAUUUAGGACGUUUUUGUUGCACUUUAGUACCAGUUUUAAAUGCCGUAGGUUUCCUUUCCAGUCCCUUUUCCCAACCCAGCGUGGGCUCGCAGGCUUGUGUCCCUGUGCUGCCCUCUCCGAAAAGAAUGUACUUGAGCUGAGCUCUGGUUUCUCAGUGCUGAUCUGGCCAGGCACGUGUUUUGGUUGAGGAGGGAGGAAAUGUGACUGGCUUCAGAGGCUGGCCCAGCAUCCACCCGAGGUCCAUACUGGAGCUUCAGGGCUGCCGAGUGAGCGAUCGCAUUGAGUACGUGCUGCUUCCCAGAGCUGGAGGUAGCAAAGGGGAGUAGGAGUGAUGCUGUUCUUGUGAGGAUGCUUGCCUUGGGACCCCCUGAGAAGAGCCGGGGGGACUGGCUUUUGGCCGCUGCCCUUUCUAGGUAUAGAGAUUUGAGACUGCGCAGCAUCCCGGCACAGCAUGCCAUCCGAGGGACUUGGCUGCACUCCGCCAGAGCAGGAACGGAUGCUGCCGUGGCCUUGGGGGAGCCGGGCAGCCAGUCCCCUCCGAGGCUGGCUCUGGGAGUGGGGACACUGCAAGGGUCUAGUGUGGCCCCAGUGCAGUGCAUUCAGCAGCUAGUGCUGCAGUGGUUGCCGCCUCCUCCUGGCUUUUUCCUGCCCACGUUCCUGGGGUAAGGAGUUUUCUGGUUGCUACAGAAAAUGCUGAGAAGAAUUGGGCGUUCGGCCUUGUGGAGCUAGUGUUAGAAAGCCUGCCUUCUUCCUCCUCUUCUCCCACCCGGUUUGCAUUAGCCCAGACCAAAGCCUCGGCAUUUUCAAAGUUUGGGGCCCAACAGCAUAUUUAGAACCAUACUUUUAGGAAAGUUCCUCCAAUUGAUACUUUGAACCCAAGUGUUGGCAGUUGUAAGGAGUAGUUCUUAUUUUAAAAUUUUUACUGCUUUGCCCUCCCUCAAAGUGUAGUUUUUCUUAGUGUUGUGUCCCCCACACACUUCAUAGUCUGCACGCUUGGCAAUAAAAAGAUGUAAUAUAUUUUGAAACCCAUUUGCUGCUGUCUUGGGGGGCUCCUGGUCAAAAAAACCCCAACAAAACAACAAAAAAACCCCCCAACCCCAGGCAUUGUUCCCUGGAGCGCCAUUCCUUGGUGACUGAGCACGUUUGUUGACAUCUGGGUCUCAAUGUACUUUUCCUUCACCACCAACUUAUGCAGCUCCCACCACUCAUCUGUUGUUGGGGUUACUGCUCAGGCUGGAUCUAGCAGUCGCAUCAGUACAAAGGAAAUGACAGUCACCUUCAGAACAGUGUUGGCUGUGGGGGGUCGUAGGUGAGGUCCCCCAGUACCUGUCUGUGAUUAUCCAGUUGCUUUCCUGGUGAGAGCUGCUCGUUGGCUCUGUGCGGAAGUACAGGCACAGCCUCCCGGCCAGGCUUCAAAGGAACCUCUUGUCUGCCCAGAAAUCUGAAAGUUCAUGCUUCUGUUGCUUCUGAAACCUUUAAAAAGCCAUUUUCAGAUCACACUUAGCAUUUGAAGUGCUGUUCCUCACUCUCCCAGCGUUUUGCAGAUUCCGGGCCAGCUCUUAGCCUCAAACCCCCUGUUUGGGAAGGCUUGGCAUUCCCCUAAUAGCAAAACCUGGUGCAGGGAGCAGCGAUCCCUCUUCCUCCUCCUUAAGGCUGGUGCAGACAUCUCCAGCAAGCUAGAGACCUGCUAGCAGGAUGCCUAGCAAUGGCUGUUUCUAAUUGUCUUUCUGGAUUCACCCUGGACAUGCCCCGUGCCCUCCAUGGUGUCGGGCUCUGCUGUGGAUGCUGCUGAUGGUGGCAGUGGUCACUGCCAGAGGUCUCAGCUCUGCGCAGCCUGCUCUCCCCCUCUCCCCUGCCAGCUCCCAAUGUUACGCCUACCUCUGCAAUACGGAUACCGUACCCUGCUAUCAACUCAAAAUGAAGCUGGAGGCAGGCUCCGGGGCUGCUUCCCAGAGCAGGACUCCCAUGGGACAAGGUGUUGGCCCUAUCUCCACUGAAGGCUGAACAAAAGCAUCAUGAGGUCUUAUCUCUAGCCUGGUACCAACCAUCAUCUCAUUCUGGUCCUUGUGCGGUCUGUAUGUGUGCCAGUAUCCUUCCUCUCCUAGUUUAUUUUGGUAUUCUUGCAUGCCAUGGUUGGGAGCUCUCCCCUCCUGCCUUCCUGCCUGCCCUGCAUCGGUGCAGUGUGUCUGAGCUGGCAGCCAUGGCUGGAGAGGCAGGAGGAGCUCCUCACCAGAGCCGCUCUCCAGUCACUGUCUGUUCUUGCGUGCAGUUGGUUUUUAACCUGACUGGUUGGGGCUUGACACUUUAGAGAGUGAGUGGGACGCAACCGGUCUGACCCAUGGCAUCUCUUGGGUGAGGAGUCCCCAGCAUGUAGGCAGGCCAUCUCCCCCACUUGUACAGACAUUUUCUAUAGACACGGAUGUAUAUGUGUAGAUAACAUGGUUUUUUAACUCUUUUGCACUGAACAACAUCGGAGUGAAACCUUGAUUUGAAACCAGAAGACACAUUUUACAUGUGGAUCCAGAUGUCUAGAUCCCUUACUGUAACCUGUCUGGUGAAACUGUGGCACAAAAAUACUGGCAAUGCCUGUACCUGUUCUCUGUCACCGGCCGCACUGGGCUGCCUGCAGGCUUCGGGUCAGGCUGGUGGCAUGGGCCUGGUGCAGAGGAUGGAGAGUGGUGAGCUCUGGUUCGGAGGCAGAACUCCCCAUCCGCUCCAUGGGAUGGGCUCAUGCACAAACCUGACCCUGUUGGCUUUGUCGUGUCUGGUCCAGUGGUGCGGUCCGACCUCCUCUCCAUCCACCCCACCGGCUUUGUUCGUGUAACCUGCUCAGCCCAAAACUGGGAAUAAGGCUAUGUCCGACGUGACGAUCCCAUGCAUCCAGACCCACAGCCCAGACCAUGAGAACUAUCUUUCCUAAGGAAGCAGGAGGAAGGGUCAGCCCUGCUUUGGUGGGAUUUGUCCCUGCUUUUCUGCCAAGAGCAGGAGGAGUUUGGGUUUGUUACUGUUGCCCGUAUCUCAGGAAGGCUCAGUGAUUGAACUAAAGCUCUUGCAUCAGUCCUGUGGGCUCAAUAAAUCCGUAGGAAGAGAAGGAAAGGCUGAUUGCUGGCGGUGAGAGGUGAGCUGGCCUAGGGAGGGGCUGCUGGUCUGCGAGCAGGUCGGUGCCCGGCUGGGCUUGGCAGGCCAGCUGCCCGCAGCAGGGGAGCAUGGGUUGCCACAUCUGGUUCCACGCAGCUCUCAUCUUGCUGUUUAGUCAGGCAGGAGCCGUGGUGCCUGGGAGCUGUGAUCCCGAUACUGAGGCUUGGCUCAUCGCAGAGGUCGGGGGGUUUGCUGGGGCGCGGCGCUGCCAACCUGCUCUCCGGGUGAGCCGGCAUCAGCAUGAGCCGGCUUCUGCCGGGGUGAGAGCUCAGGCCUUUGGCUUUCAGUGCUGUUAGUACCUAGCGCUCGCCACUACCUGGUCCGAGGCCCAUGGGUGGAAAUGGCUGCCAUGCUUUGAGGGGGGCCGGGGUCUGAACCCCUGCCAGUGGCAAAUAGUCUUUUAUCUGCCGAAAGCGUUCCCUUUCCCAGUCAGGAGAAAUGUUCAGCCUAGAAGUGUGUCUCUGCUCCUUCCCGUGCCCCUGCCCACACUUACAAGUUCCGGCUGACUUCAAUUUUGUUUUUUAAAAAUUCUAAUUUUUUUUUUGUUACGAAUAAAAAUAAAAAAAUAAGAAAGUGGCAAUAUUUUUUUCUGUAAGCUUUUCCUAGGAAAAAGCGUGGUUUGUAACAAAGUUGUACAGUUCUGAAGUUUGAGAUACGAGAAGUACUGUGUGAAACGCUGUAAAUGGGGCAGAGAUUAUUUUAUGUACAGUCUGACAUGGGGGGAAUCUUUUAAUUCUGGUUGAUUCUUAGGAAGAAUUUGGUUCUUCACUGUCAGGGUUUGGAAUUUCAUGGUUUCAUUAUUAUUAUUUUUUUUCUUGUAUAGAUUGCUGCAUUAAUUGAAUAAAAGCAGAAAGCAUCA